UUCCCUAGUUUCAGGUUCUAACGUUGUGGCCUCAUACAACAAAAAGUUGGUGCGGGCGUUGCUUUCGGUUCUGGACUGCUUUCCCUGAAUGGGCCCUAAUUUGAAGCUCAAAUUGGGGUAAUAUCAAAGAUUAUUACAUUCCAUUUAAACCUAGGGCUUGGCCCAGAUUGUUCGCCCUCACAAACCAAUGGUUCGCAUUCCGAACAAGGAAAUAACGUUUAGAAAGAAAACCAAAGAAACACUCCAGAUUCUUUGAUCAUUGUUUCUGGCUUUUCCCCAUCAACCCUCUCAUUCUCUGUUUCUCUGUCUCUCUGGCCAUGGCUGAAGCCAAACAAGCCCUGAUCUUCACCUACGGAACUUUGAAACAAGGCCAUGGAAAUCACUAUCUAAUUGAAGACCUUAUCCGCCAAAAAGACUCCGUGUUUUUAGGUGCCCAUGUGACCCACCAACCCCACCCACUUGUUAUAGGCCCAUACGGUAUCCCUUACCUCAUCAACCUUCCUGGGCAUGGCCAUCGAGUUAAGGGCGAGUUGUACUCCGUGUCGACUCGGGGACUAGCCCGACUGGAUGAACUGGAAGGCACCAGCAUCGGACACUACGAGAGGCUGCCUAUUCAAGUGUAUGAAGAAGAGAAAGGUGGCGUUUCGGUGGCUGCAGAGUCGUAUUUCGCGCAUAGGGAUUUCGGAGAGAGGUUGUGGGAGCGGAGAGGGAAGGUGGGUUUGAACGAGUUCGGAGAGAAAGAGGGAAAAGGGUAUGUGAGCAGAGACAUUAGGCCUCAGGAAAGUAGCAUUAUUCAUGAUAUUACAUUCUUUGUUACCAUUAAUGAAUAAUUGUCUUUUUAUUUAUUUAUUUUAGAUUGGAGAUAAAUUAAAUAAUUGUAUUCUUACAAGUUACAGUUAGUUCUGAAGCAGUAUUGUGAACUGCUCUUUUGGCAUUUUAUUUUCUCUUUUGAAGAUCAAUUUGCACUUCAAUGAUUAACUUCUUGCUUGAAUCAAACCCUUCAA